AUAUUAAGUACCAUACCGUAACGCCGAAUCAAUGGCCGCAUCGCCGACCAUACAAAAACGCCGAAUCAAUGGCAAUUUGAAGUGCGUGGAAAAUGGUGUGAUGAAAUGAAAAUUCAUUAAGAGUGUGUGUGUGAUCAACCCAACAUAAGAGGCAAAUGAAAACCCCACCUUUCGGCAGGAAAAAGAGCCAUGAAACCCCCAUCGGUGUGUCUUGGCAGCGCUGGGGACGUUUAUUAAACAUUAGCCCAUCCUUUCGUUGUAAUUACCAUUCCUAAUCAACUUCCCCGCAAGGCUUCAGCCAUUGAUGCAAAAAGGAGUUUGGCGUCCUGUUUGUGACUUUAAGCAUGCAGUAACGUAUCAGCACACCCAUCGCGCAACUGCGUAAGCGCGCGUCGAAUGCGAAUCCUUAGAAACGGGAUUUCAUUUCCUCGCACAAAGCGUCUGUUCCAUGUGUGCCGCGGUGUUCAAGUGUUCGGUCGAGCCCCGUGCCGUGAAACGGUUAAUUGAGCAGUGAUUCAAACGCCAUGUCGUCGUGUGCUUGAGAAGUGUAAUGGCAUUCACUACUUUGCGGAAGCAUCAUCAGCCACAGAAACCGUGUGACGCGAGCUCCAAAGACAGUCUUUAAGCACAUUUCACACCAUUGACGUCGCUUCACAGAUGUUGUUAAUCGCUCUAGAGAGAGAGAGAGAGAGAGAGAGAGAGAGAGAGAGAGAGAGAGAGAGAGAGAGAGAGAGAGAGAAAGAGCUUGGAAUGCCGCAGGGAGCAGGAGUUUGUGUCUAGAACAUUCCAACGAUCAUGGACGGCAAGAUCAACGAUGAUCUGCUGUCGCUGCUGCUGCUGCUGCACCAUUGCCCUAAGGAUUCGCUCGGUUGGUUGAAUUUCAAAUGAGCACACACCUCGGGCUCCACCAUCUCUCUCUCUCUCUUCCCGAGUACGGCCCCCAAAACGCUGGUGGUAGACGCUGUGUGCAUUUGCAUUGUAAGGUUUGACACGGGACAACUAUCCCCUACCCUCCAAAGGUGGACUCUCCCACCGAUCAUUCAAAAAGAUGGUGGUGUGUGUGAAAUUCGACAGCACUUUUUGAUGACGGUUAUGAGGGACGUGAGCACAUCGAUCCUUCCAAAUGCGCAAACGAUUUAUACAUUUAAAUAUAAAAAGCGGAACGUACGCUGACUACAGUCGUGCGUAGCCUGACAUCGUCCCUUUUGGGACGAGUGAGGGGAUGCUGCGUGCCAUUGUAUGACGUCCGUGUCGUGAUGGAACCGAAAAUAAGAUGCCGAGGCGUCUCCAAGACAACAGCAGCUCAUAAAGUAUAUAAAGGCAGUGAUGGAUUUACAUAUCCUUCUACCACUCGACCAUCCCGCUAAAGGUUGCUAUGGUUGAUAGCGGAAAAAAGGUCGUCGCUCACAGCCGAGGGACCGAUCGCGGCUGCAUUCUAAUGCGAUCUUUGUUCGUUUCUGUCCAGUUUUGAUAUCAAGCUAAACCCAUUACUGGCUGAGACAUCAUGCCACAUCAUCAUUUCAGACCGCACACCGUUGGCUAUUUAUAUCUCAUCCCUUGCGCUGCGCUUUUACUUUCAACAAUAGCAAUACACGGUCGGCUACAAUUGUUUGUUCAACUUUUCGCUUUCAUGAUGUUUCAAAAUAGAACGACACUUUUCGACUUCCUCCUGCCGGACAUUACGCCCUUCCAAGCAAGGAGCAAGGAAAACAACCCACCGGAUACAAUGUUAGGGCGGAGGUAGCUACGCAUUUAUGGCAUAAUUCCACCCCCUAUCGACCUCCGCCAUGCGUGUUGGAAAGUUGGACACAGCGGGUAUGAUAGCGUUCAUAACACUGUACCCAGCCACACCACUACAGCAUCACGAGCUGUAUCGACAAAAUCGGUAAAAUUACCCUUGGCAUGCUCAAGUGUUCCAAUUGUGCUCUCCAUCCGGAUCCCUAGAUGGGACGUGAAAUUAUACAUACGUGGGUGUGUGUGUGUGUGUGAGAUACUGACCAAGUUUUUUAACCCACCCACCCUUGCUACAUGCAUCACUUGCAGGGACAGAGUGGAAAAAAGUGGUGUGGUGAGUAGCGGGACACAGCUAUAGCUUUACGCGCACGUUUUCCAACCAACGCUACGUUACCUAACGACGCGCCACGGGGGGAAUGGAGAAGGGUCACGAAAUAGAGCAUAGACUCAGAUUACGAGGAAAAGCGAUAGAACGACGCACCAUACGGGGGUAAGGGGAGGUCGGAAAAACUGGUGCAAAUGGAGAAGCCUGGUGUGGAGCGCACGGAAACGCAAAGGGACAGCGUUGCGGCUCGGCCCCGAGAAAAUUGUCUGCACAAGCAAGCAGGGAUCUGGGCCUGCGGACAAAACAAAAACAGCCGAAGGGAGGGCUACCAUUGCCACAUUGUUGGAAUACAAUUUCAUUCGACUGACGGUGAAGAAUGUUUUCAUCGAACCGGGACGAAGAUAUUGCGGCACUAUUUUAAACGCAAGGACACAAUCGACAUGCUGGAUUCAGGUGGAUUCAUUGAAGAAACUUUCAAUUGAUUUAUUUCAAGAUCUAGGCCGAAAUAGUGAACCUCACUUACUUCAGAACAGGUUAUUCAUAUCCAGGACACAUUUGUGUAUUGCUGAAGUGGUAGUGGAGAAUGGAGGACAGACUUUUGUACAAUUUUUGGGAACAGAUGAGUGCUCUCGAGAAAACUCACCAUCUUCGGCACUGUUUCGCAUAACAGCAUGCCUUUAACAAGCUAGUUUUACAGCGUUUUGCAGGAGUUUUCAUAGUUGUGGGACACUUCGUUAACUUUUUGUUAUGUGAAGUGAACUUCAUAUAAUGGAAAUUGGACUCUAUGGUACCCGUUUUGGACAGGCUUCUUGGAAAUUCCUAUUGGAUUUGGUGGUUGGAUGGUGCUAUAAGGUCCAAUUCGAAUCACAUUAAGUUCAUAGCACUUAAGAAAGAUAACCCUGUAAAAGUCGUUUGCUAAAGACAUCACAACAUCUAUUGUAACUCGUUAUGCGUUACGUUAUGUGACUUGAGGGACGCUUCCCCCGUAACGCUCCGUUUGGAUCGAUCAGCUGAACUUGAAAUCGCUACUUAAUCGCACAUCUUCCCACCGAUCUUCCAUUAGAACAUGCUCUGGCGUUCUGGCCUGUGCGCCCUGCAGCACACCAACACAACUACCGGUGUCUGUGUUCGGGCCUAACAAUGGCCGCCCGUUACGACACUCUCGUGGUGCAACAUGUGACUUUCCGGUGCAUGACAAUGAAAGACACCGAUGGUAGUGGUGGUGGUGGUAUAGGGUGUGUUUUUAUGGAGACCACCCCCACCACUACCGGACCCUUCAGCUACCCCCCACUCAGCACACACACCGAGGGAUGGUGUUGGACGGGUUGCUUACCAUACCACGUAAUCGAUCGUGUGUGCUGCUAUAGGCUCACUAAGUGUCUUACACCGUGAGGAGGUAUGCGUAACGCUAGCCCCGGCGCGCUGUUUGCAAUCGCUCGCUCACACGUUCUACGCCAUGCUGUUCCCAUCGUUCCCUCCCCAAGUUCUACACUUCACCCGGCUAGACUUUCAUUUUGUACACCGUGGCUCUCUGUGUGUGUGUAUGUGUGUGAGGGGUUUUUUUCUUUCAACUGCAGUAAGUCCCCAGGGUAGAGAAGGAACGGAAGAGCCCCCGCGUUGUACACUUUGGUCAGCAAAAUCGAGGGCAAAUUUGCUCCAUUCCUGGGUGAUCCGGACAAAAAAGGGAAAAGAGAAGCAGCUUAGAGUUUGAUAUGUGUGUGUGUUAUGAUGAUGAACGUUUGCCGCUUACGCAUACCACCCUCUCCCUCUAGUGAGCUUCUCUGGCAGCAAUCGAAAGGCAGUAUUGCCUGCCUAGUAACUAGUCAACGGUCGUACAGUGGCCGUAACGGAUGUGCAUUCAGCACCCUCAAAGCAAAGUGUAUCCUGGGUGCAAUUUUCUAGCUUAGUUUCCAAGUGAAUACAAUCCAGAUAGCACAGCCAUUAUUAUACAUCAGCAUGUGCUAUAUUGUAAUUUGAGUAAGUUUACCACACAAAAAAAACAACAAAAAGAAAUAAACCAUUUCUGUAAAAGCAACAUAUCGGUAACGACUUUCAAACAAGCAAGCUUUUAUGCAACAUUAAAAAUACAUUCGCCACUGCACUGGGCCAACACCAAAGCUCCUAUGACCUGGGGCAAGAAAAUCAAACGCAAUUCACCCGCGAUUCUGUAAUGGUCGCCAGCCGCCGCCCGCCCAACAAACAUCCAGCACUAUCACCUCUCUACUCUCAGCCGCCAUCAUCGCGCAUCACGGUGGCGCAACGGUGCACUAGAGGACUAGCGCGCGAGCGAGGGUAACCUCGGACAGCGGUAAACAACGGCGACGGCACAUGCCGCGACAUGUGAGAACGAUGCGCGAAUGACGCCGCACCACGCACCCAUACAGCUGGAAACAGACACAGUAUCAUCAUCACCACCACCACCACCACCGAUCAAGUGUGUUGUACAGCGGCAAAUGCAAAUAAAAGUGCUGCUAGCGCUAGUGCAAUUGCGCUGGGGGCUCUGCUAUCGCGUUUGUUCGGAUGCGGUAUGCGGUAUAGAGUGGAAAAAAGGUGGCUUUUGUUCGUUUGUGAUAGUUACAACAGGUGGCACACGCAAAGCGUUCGCGACGUUGGUGCAAUCAGUGUGAAGGUUAAUCGUUUAAAUUUGUGAUAAAAUAUAUUUCAAAUGUGUUGCAAAACGCAAAAACAUCAACAGAACAGUGAAUAAGUCGUGUCGUGUUCACGUGUUUCCUGUGUGAUCUAGCUAAGCAGAACCAGACAUACGGUAGCCGCGUGCCGAGGUGCAGUGCAGUGCGUUUUAAUGUUUAACAGUGUACCGUACAAUCCCGAGUGCGAAGUGGUCGUACGCUUACGACAAACACAUAACUCUAGUGUAAUUUUACACUAGUGAGUGAGCAGUGAUUUUUAUUUUCAGGAAGAAACGAUAGUGCAAGCAAUAGAAAUCGCCUGAUCAGGGCAGCACACAAAAUGUCCACCACCGGCAUGGAGAACCUUGAGGGUGCGGACUCGACGCACAACACCAAGGUGUCCGAUUCCGCUUACUCCAACAGUUGCAGCAACAGCCAGUCGCAAAGGAGCGGCAGCUCCAAGUCACGCCACAGUGGCAGCAACUCGUCCGGCAGCAGCGGUUACGGCGGCAAGGCGUCGACGCAGGCCAGCAGCAUUGCGCCGCUGCCCCAGGCGGCAGCCAAGCGCACCAAGGACAAGGAGCGCAAGAAGAAGAAGCUAAAGACGUCCACCGACAGUGGCACCGUACCGGCACCGAACGGUUCCGCCGGUCCCGGUGGCGUUACGGCCGGCACGGCACCAAACGCAGCCGGCACGGUUGCCAACGCGAACGCCGUCAGCGAUGUCGAGCAGCAGACGCUGGCAGCCGGUGGCUGCGGUGAGCCAGAACCAAUGGAAACGACCACCGGCAAUUCCUCCGUCGCCAGCGUAUCGGGCGAGCUGGGUGCCGUUGGUGCCGGAGCUGGAGGAAUGCAGUCGGCGAGCCACGGUGGCGAGUCGAAUGAGCAUCACGAGCUGGGCACGGUCAGCGGGGGCAAUGGGACAGCCGAGCUGGUCAGCGUGGAGGUGGCGGCCGCAGCCGCCGUGGCGCAGAUUAUUAAUGAAGAAAACACUAAAGAUGACCGCAAACACCUGUCGCAGGAACAGCUGCAUCGUGCGGGUGGUGGUGGAACGCAUGACGGUCGGCAGAAGAGUCUGGUCGCGCAAAGCAUUCUGCCUGGGCCGGCGCCACUACCAGCCGGUGUUGCCUCGAUCGUGAAUUCGAUCGCGACCGGUGCCGGACUAAGAACUGGAUCCGUGUCCAGCAGUGGCACACUGCUGGGAGUGGUACAGCAGCAGCAGCAGCAUCAACAACACCAGCAGCAGCAACAGCAACAGCAUCACGGUGGGUUAAAUCAAUGCCAACAGAAGCAAACGCAGCAUCAUCAUCAUCACCAUGGCGCCCAUCAACAUCCCAAGCAGCAGCAUUCCUCUAUGCAGGAUCCAUCGCUGGCGAACCAAAAGCAUGUGCCACAGCAGCACUCUGCCCAACAGCCACAUCAUCAACAGCAGCAGCCGCUGGAUAAGCAGCACCUGCAACCCCAACAGCAGCCGCAGCAGCAGCAGCAGCAGCAACAACAACAACAGCAAGCCCAACCACAAUCAAACACUCCGCGCACCAACAAGCCGGACGUGGAGGAUGGCUUCUGCUGUGUUAUCUCGAUGCACGACGGGGUCGUGCUGUUCACCACGCCGAGCAUUACGCACAGCCUCGGCUUCCCCAAGGACAUGUGGCUCGGCCGAUCGUUUAUCGACUUUGUGCAUCCGAAGGAUCGGGCCACGUUUGCGAGCCAGAUCACGUCCAAGGUGGUGGUGCCGCUCGGCGAAUCGAAAAGCGGCCAGAAGGAUCAGAAAAACUCACUGUACGUGAUGCUGCGCAAGUACCGGGGGCUCAAGACGGCCGGCUUUGGCGUUACCAAAACGACGGUCAACUACGAACCGUACCGGCUGGUGCUGACGUUCCGCGAGGCACCGGCAGAGAAUGCGGAGAUCAUAAGCGGCCGCAGCAUACUGCUGAUCAUCUCGGCCACCCCGGUCAAGAGCGUGUACAAGGAGCCGAACGAGUCGCUGUGCGAGCGGGACCUAAAGUUUAGCACGCGCCACACCACGUCCGGGGUGCUGAGCUACGUCGAUGGCAAUUCGGUCGAAUCGAUCGGCUACCUGCCGCAGGACAUUCUAGGGCGCUCCAUCAUGGAGCUGUACCAUCCGGACGAUAUGCCGAUCCUGCGCAAGGCGUACGAAACGGUCAUGGUGAAGGGGCAGACGGCCGGGGCUUCGUUCGUCAGCCAGCCGUACCGGUUUCUGGUGAACAACGGGUGCUACAUCGUGCUGAGCACCGAGUGGACCAGCUUCGUGAAUCCGUGGUCGCGCGAGCUGGAGUUUGUGAUCGGGCACCAUCGCAUCCUGCAGGGGCCGUCGAUAGCGGACGUGUUUGCCGUGUCGCCGUUCUACUGCCAGACGCAGAACCAAUUCUCCGACGACACACUCAAGGAGGCGAAGAUGGUGGAGGAGCAGAUACUGCGCCUGCUGAAGGAACCGGUCGCCAAGCCGUCGGACAUGGUGAAGCAGGAGGUGUCGAAGCGGUGCAAGGCGCUCGCCUCGUUCAUGGAGGAGCUGAUGGACGAGGUGGCCCAGCCGGAGCUCAAGCUGAACCUGCUGAACGAGUCGGACUUUACGUUCUCGGAGCGGGACUCGGUGAUGCUGGGCGAGAUAUCGCCGCACCACGAGUACUUCGACAGCAAGAGCUCGUCGGAGACGCCGCCGAGCUACAACCAGCUGAACUACAACGAGAACCUGCAGCGGUUCUUCGACAGCCGGCCGGCCAUGAACAUCGAGGAGCAGAUGAAGAUGGACUCGUCCGGCGGCACGAACACGGAAACGAUCGGGGACGAGCAGCAGUCGCACGCGGUCAGCCCCAACCAGCGCGGGUUUAGUGCGAGCGGCGGCGGGGGCAGCGGCGGGUCGGCGGGAAAUUUUAGCUCCGAAAGCAACGCGCAGAUGGACAGCACGACCAACACGACCAGCAACACGGGCGGGACGGGCGGGACGGGCACGUCGUCCGGCGGCGGGGGCAGCUUCCAGCCGCCGACGCUGACGGAGGAGCUGCUCUGCAAGCACAACGAGGACAUGCAGAAGGUGAUGCUGAAGAAGCACCGGGAGGCGCGGAUGGUGGCGCGCGGCACCGACAAGAACAAGAAGGGCCCCCCGGACAAAGCCGGGUACGGGGGCGGCGCGGUCGGGCACGGGGUCAAGCGGGGCUCGUCCCACUCCUGGGAGGGGGACGCACACAAAACGAUCAAGCACCAGCACAACCCGGACGGGGGCGGUUGCUCCGCGAUGCUGCAGCAGCAGCAGCAGCAGAAGAUGGGCCCGGUGGCGCCACACGCCUUGCAGCAGCAGCUGCUGAUACAGCAGCAACACCAGCAACUGCAACAGCAGCAGCAACAGCAGCAGCAGCAGCAACAACAGCAAGCUCAACAGCAGCAACAGCAACUGCAGCAGCAACAGCAGCAACAGCAGCAGCAGCUUUACCAGCAAACGAACAUGCACAUGCACUACAAGACGCAGCACGUCUCGCAACAGCUGCAGUACCAUCACGCACUACAAGGCCAGGGGUCGGCCGCACUGCAGCAGACGGGCGGAGGGAUGCAAACCCACCUCCAACAGCAGCAGCUGCUCCAUCAUCAACAGCAUCAGCAGCAGCAGCAGCAGCAGCAGCACCAGCACCUUUCCCAUCCCGCGCCUAGCCAGCAGCAGCAGUAUCCGUACCAAAGCCCGUACCACAACAACGGUCCGGUGCAGUCGACCGUCGCGGGCGAAAGCCUCCUCGCCGGUGGGAGCAACCAACGCUCCACCUUCACGACACCCUCGAUACUCGCGCCCCAGAUGGCGUACGGGGGAGCACACACCACCGGCAGCAGCCUGACCGGGCGCACCGGCGACCUCUGGCCACCGUUCAGCGUGAGCGUCACGACGAUGCAAGCGUCGGCCGGGGCCGGUUCCAGUGCCGCCAGCUUCGUACCAUCGCACAGCAUAUUUCCCACCCUGUACUACAUCCCGGCGGCGGCGGCGGCCGCAACGGCCGCACCCCAGCCCGCCCCGAUCACCGUACCGUACAUGGCGGCCGGUGUCAUGUAUCCGCAUCCGCAGCUCUACCACCAGCAGUCGCUCCUGUACCCGCCGAUGAUGUACCACGCGAUGCCUUACCAGCCGCUUCCACCACCGUGCGGGCUUGACAGUGACACCCGAAAUCAUCAACACCAGCAGCACCAGCAACAGCAGCAACAGCAGCAGCAGCAGCAACAGCAGCAGCAGCAGCAACAACAACAACGACAGCAACAACAGCAGCAACAGGCACAACGACUUCAACCCCAGCCCGGCCACACCACGUCGACUGGCGGUCCCGGGCCAGCAGCCCCCGGCGGGAUGUCGGUCGGUCUCGGACAACCGGCGACCGGCGGUCAGUCUUCCGCACAAUCGGCCGAGGUGCCAGGUGUGCCGACCAACGCUGGCAGUGGUGGUGGCAAACAUCCGGCACACAUGACCGUGCCACCGUCGGCCGGUAGCGGUUCCCAAUCGCAAACACCCUUCCAGCGUCCGUCCUCGCAGGCCACUUCGGUCAAAGCGGAACCGGGUUCGGCAUUGGGCAGCAUCGCGUCCGCUUCGAUCGUCGUCAAUCGGGCUUUUUCGGAAUCAUCCAAGAAGGAUCUCACCGAUUCACCGCUCAUCUCCAACGUCGACUGCACGGACUGUGCGCUGGACGAGGUGCACGACAAGCACUGCGAUACGACCGCGACCGGCAUUGACCGGCGGGUGAAUGGCGCUGGCACACGGCGCACCGGCUCCGGCCAGGUGGAUAAGCUCCCGAUGGGCACCGGGAUCGGUGGCACGGCCGGCAACAACGGUGGUGAUCGCAAUGGAGGAGGUGGUGGCGGUGGCGGCGUCGUCGGACUGGGCGAGGUCAGCGACGAUAUGGACGAGUCCAGCUUUUCCAGUUUCUACUCGAGCUUCCUCAAGACGGACAACUCGUCCGAGGGACAGAACGGUGCGGAGCGGAAAGAAUCGAGCGAGAUGUGCUGGGAGAGUGGUUCGAACAAUGCCACGUCCACCACCAACCGGAUGCACGUGGAUGGCGACGGGUCCGGCAAUCAGGCUGCGCGUGACCGGGGCGGCAAUGGGAAUGGGGCGGGCGACGGUACGGGCACGCUGGUGCGGCCCAGCGGUGCCAAGCGGCGCCCCAAUCCGCCCUGGCUCGAUAACGUCUGCCAGACAAAGGAUCUCAUCUAUCGGUAUCAAAUUAACGAACGGUCGCUCAAGGAGCUGCUGGAUUCGGAUAAUUUGGCGUUGAAAAAAAUCAGCCAGCCCAUCCUGGUAAACGAUCAGCUGGGUCAGCUGUACCUGGAUCUCGAGCUGGAGGGCCUGUCGGCGAAGCUGUCGCUGAGCGAGGCGACCUCCGGCAGCAGCAGCGACGACUGCGACACCAAGGACAAAGCCAAAGUGAACAAGCGCAACAUGAAGUACAGCAAGCUGGUGAUGAUCUACGAGGAGAAUGCACCGUUUCCACCGCCGAACGAUUCGGAACCGUAGUCCCGUGCAUGCCGCCAUGGCCGGCAGUGGUCUAUGCCAGUAUUCUAGUUUCCGCGUUCGAUUCCGCGGUUACACACAGAAACAUGCACCUAACACAUAGAACAAAAUGAGGAUGAUAAUAUAGAUAGAUAAAAAUGAGGGGGAGGAAGAAGCUAGAGAGAUUGUUACAGGGUGGGGAAAGAUCGCUUUUGUGCAUUUGAUGCAUUUUUUUACAACAAAAGACAAAUAAUGUUUUAGAAAAUCGUACGUUCCUAAACGUUAGUUUACCUUUGUAUGGAAGAGUUUUAAAUAGUACUAAGUAUUCAAUAAAACAAGUGUCAUUUUUAAACGUA